CAAUAUGGCUUCCUGCACCUGGUGACGGUUGAAGAAACUGUGUUAGGUCUCAUGGAGAAGACCCGGGGCGUCGAGGAAACUCCAUCUUCAGAACCCAUGGAGGAGGAGGAGGAGGAGGAGGAAGACGACUUGGAGCUCUUUGGUGGCUAUGACAGUUUCCGGAGCUAUAACAGCAGUGCGGGCAGCGAGAGCAGCUCCUAUCUGGACGGGUCAAGUGAAGCCGAAAAUGAGGAUCGGGAAGCAGGGGAGCUGCCCACCUCUCCCCUGCAUUUGCUCAGCCCUGGGACUCCCCGCUCCUUGGAUGGCAGUGGUUCUGAGCCAGCUGUCUGUGAGAUGUGUGGAAUCGUGGGUACGAGGGAAGCCUUCUUCUCCAAGACUAAGAGAUUCUGCAGCGUCUCCUGCUCCAGGAGCUACUCCUCCAACUCCAAGAAAGCCAGUAUCUUGGCCAGAUUACAGGGAAAACCACCUACCAAGAAAGCCAAAGUCCUCCACAAGGCAGCCUGGUCUGCCAAGAUUGGAGCCUUCCUCCACUCCCAGGGGACGGGACAGCUGGCAGACGGGACGCCGACUGGGCAAGAUGCGCUGGUCUUGGGUUUCGACUGGGGGAAGUUCCUGAAGGAUCACAGUUACAAAGCUGCUCCUGUCAGCUGUUUUAAGCAUGUCCCACUCUACGACCAGUGGGAGGACGUGAUGAAGGGGAUGAAAGUGGAGGUGCUCAACAGCGACGCCGUGCUCCCCAGCCGGGUGUACUGGAUCGCCUCUGUCAUCCAGGCCGCGGGCUACCGGGUGCUGCUCCGGUAUGAAGGCUUUGAGAAUGAUGCCAGCCAUGACUUCUGGUGCAACCUGGGAACGGUGGAUGUCCACCCCAUUGGCUGGUGUGCCAUCAACAGCAAGAUCCUGGUGCCCCCGCGCACCAUCCAUGCCAAGUUCACCGACUGGAAGGGCUACCUCAUGAAGCGGUUGGUGGGCUCCAGGACGCUUCCUGUGGAUUUCCAUAUCAAGAUGGUGGAGAGCAUGAAGUACCCCUUUCGGCAAGGCAUGCGGCUGGAGGUGGUGGACAAGGCCCAGGUGUCCCGGACCCGCAUGGCCGUGGUGGACACUGUGAUUGGGGGUCGCCUGCGGCUUCUCUAUGAGGAUGGCGACAGUGAUGACGACUUCUGGUGCCACAUGUGGAGCCCCUUGAUCCACCCGGUGGGCUGGUCACGGCGUGUUGGCCAUGGCAUCAAGCUUUCAGAGAGGCGCAGCGACAUGGCCCACCAUCCCACCUUCCGGAAAAUCUACUGUGAUGCUGUUCCUUACCUGUUCAAGAAGGUUCGAGCUGUCUACACGGAAGGUGGUUGGUUUGAGGAGGGGAUGAAACUGGAAGCCAUUGACCCCCUGAAUCUGGGCAACAUCUGUGUGGCGACCAUCUGCAAGGUUCUCCUGGACGGCUACCUCAUGAUCUGUGUGGACGGGGGCCCCUCCACGGACGGCUCCGACUGGUUCUGUUACCACGCCUCCUCCCACGCUAUCUUCCCAGCCACCUUCUGCCAAAAGAAUGACAUUGAGCUCACACCACCUAAAGGCUACGAGUCGCAAACUUUCAGCUGGGACACCUACUUGGAGAAGACCAAGUCAAAAGCAGCUCCAUCGAGACUCUUUAACAUGGACUGCCCCAACCACGGCUUCAAGGUGGGCAUGAAGCUGGAGGCCGUGGACCUGAUGGAGCCCCGCCUCAUCUGCGUGGCCACAGUGAGGCGGGUGGUGCACAGGCUCCUCAGCAUCCACUUCGACGGCUGGGACAGCGAGUAUGACCAGUGGGUGGACUGCGAGUCCCCGGACAUCUACCCCGUCGGCUGGUGUGAGCUCACCGGCUACCAGCUCCAGCCGCCAGUGGCCACAGAGCCGAGCACACCUCUGAAGGCCAAAGAGGCCACGAAGAAGAAAAAGAAACAGUUUGGGAAGAAAAGGAAAAGAAUACCACCGACCAAGACCCGGCCCCUCAGACAGGGGUCCAAGAAGCCCCUGCUGGAGGACGCCCUGCCGGCCGCUGAGAAGACCUCAUCGGAGCCCGUUCCUGAAGAGAUCAUUGCUGUGCGUGUGAAGGAAGAGCAUCUAGACACGGCCCCAACUGACAAGGCCCCUGGUCCAGAGCUGCCUGUUCCCAUCGAGAACAUCAAACAGGAGACAGACGACUGAGCCUCCCCCACUGCCAGCCCGGGGCUUCUCUGUUGCCACCGCCCCUCAGCCCACUUUAGUUGGGAGAAUGAGCCUUCUUUGCAUAAGUUCUGCCAGGUGCUGUGAAGGCCAGCCCCCAAGGACCUCUGCCUCCCUCCCUGGCGAGGCCCGAGUGACUGGCACUGCCUGAGGCCUCCAUGUUUGUGUCUGAGCAUCUCCUCCAGUAGAGUUCCCCAAACCCUUAGCAAACCCUUAGCGUAACUUUCCUCCACCCCCGCCACACCCCUCAGCUGCCCCCGUCACCGGAGGACCAGUCAGUGAAGGGUGCAUGUGUGAGCAAGUCCUGUAAUAAACGCCCGGAGCAGCUCUCUGA